AUGGUGUCUCGAUGUGACAUCGUCCACGACCAACCGUCGGAUGAAAGUGACGAUAUUGCAUCUCAAGCGGUCUCGGCCACCACCAGACUGCCCACAGAAAGCCAGGCGGACUACACAGAGCGCCUGCGCGACGCAGCAUUCUGGGAGGUGCGUCAAAACACCGGCUCGAGAGUCAACCAAGCAUGUAUAGUCCUCGGCAUCGACUUGGUCAAAAAGCUACUCGAUAAGAACCCGACUGCUUCGGUUAUGAUACUCACGGGAUACAACGCGCAGGCCAGACUGUAUCAGGUUGCUAAAGAACUGGAUGUUGUGGCCGCGCAAUUGCCCACGAUUCAGGACGCCCUUUGCCGACUUGGAGGCCAUAUGACGAUGUGA